AGGGGAUUUGGAACACCAAUGAAUAAUCAGGAGAAGACAUCAGGUUUUGUAUAUAAGAGCAUCUUCACAAAGGGACAAGACAUAUUGGUAAACGCUUCAGAAAGGCACACCAACCCAAAAAGACAAUCCAUCAUGGCAACCAAGGGAGGAAAAUGCAACCCAUGUGCACAAGUACCACAAUAUAUACAAGACCCAUGUAAAGAACCUUGCCCUCCAGUUAAUCCUUGCCAGGUGCAAGGCCAAGCAGUAGGAGGAAUGGGAGGAAUCAGUGGACAAGUGUCACAAGGAGGGUAUGGUGGUCCCGGAGGAUUCGGUGGACAAAUUUCACAAGGAGGGUAUGAUAGUGCCGGAGGAUUUGGUGGACAAGUUUCACAAGGAGGGUAUGAUAGUGCCGGAGGAUUCGGUGGACAAGUUUCACAAGGAGGGUAUGAUAGUGCCGGAGGAUUCGGUGGACAAGUUUCACAAGGAGGAUACGGUGGACCCGGAGGAUUCAGUGGACAAGUUUCACAAGGAGGGUAUGGAGGAGCAGGAGGAAUUGGUGGACAAGUUUCACAAGGAGGGUAUGGAGGAGCAGGAGGAUUCAGUGGACAAGUUUCACAAGGAGGGUAUGGAGGAGCAGGAGGAUUGGGUGGGCAAGUUUCACAAGGAGGAUAUGGAGAAGCCAGAGGAUUUGGUGGAGUAAAGAAAUAAAUAUUUCAUACAGCAAACCCUUGCCAAGCAUAAAUAUCAAUACUGCUCACUUGAAAAUAAUCAUAUCAUUAUUGAAUCAUUAUGUUUAACUGUACAAAAAAAAUUAAAUAUCUAUUGCAUCUUCUUAAUGUUUGUCAAAUAAAUUAAUUAUCCGCUUAAGUCAGAA